AUGCAGGUCACAACGGACAACGCGGCUUGGACGCUCUACGUGCUGCUGGCCACGGUUUUCGCUGUGGGCAUCGCUCGUUGGACCCGGAAGUUGCAAUCUCGACGUGCUUUCGCCAAAUCCCGGGGAUGCCUGCCGCCACGAAGCCGGGCACCAGUCAAGGACCCCAUCUUUGGCCUCGACUUUAUCUACGACGCAAUCUUCAACAAGUCGUCAGACAGGUACCUGGAGGGCACACUCAAGUCCUUCCGAGAACUCGGCACGACAUACACCAUGAGCCGCUGGGCCAUGAGUGUCUUCUACACCUGCGACAGUCUGAACAUGAAGCAAGUCUUGGCUGGCUCGUUUGAGGACUUUGGCCUCCCAGGCACGCGGGUUACAGCACUGAGCUCCUUCGUCGGAGAUGGAAUCUUCACGUUGGACAACGACCCAUGGUACCAUGCCAGGGUGUCGUUGAAGCCAAUGGUGGCGAGGUCGGACAAGGAGACAAUUCAUGGCAUCCUCGAGCACAAUUUCCAAGCCAUGCUGCGGCUUCUCCCAACCGACGGCUCGUCGGUCAACCUCCAAGACAUCUUCUUCCGCCUCGUCAUGGACUUUGCCACCGAGUAUCUCACCGGCAACUCUACCCGUAUGCUUGACAACGAGGGCGCGCGAGGCGACACAGCUCAACAAUUCGUGUCUGACUACAUGACAUGCUCCACUGAGGUCAUCACCCGACUCGGUCUUGGCCCUCUACAACACUUGAGGUUCAACAGCAACGCAAACAAGGCCAAGAAGGCAGUGUUUGGCUUCCUUGAUGCCUUUAUUGACGACUCCCUUCGCAAACGCGCCAUCGAAGGAACGAGCGACCGCGACGACUUCUUGACCCAGCUCACGGGGAUGACGACGGACCGCAUGGUCCUGAGGAACCAGCUUCUGCACAUCCUGAUUGCCACUCGAGACACUGUGGCGAGCACUCUGAGCAACUUGUUCUUUGUUCUUGCAAGGAACCCGCAAUGUUACGGUAAGCUCAGAGCGGAGGUGUUGGCCAUCUCGGGGACCGGGCCUCCCUCCACUGGCCAGCUGAAGCAGAUGGAGUACGCGCGCUGGUGCGUGAAUGAAUCGCUGCGACUGCAUCCGGUUAUCCCAAUCGGCGGCCGACAGGCGAGGCGAGACACUGUUCUCCCGCACGGCGGCGGAGCCGACGGAGAGUCACCCCUCUUGGUCCCAAAGGGCACCAUCGUCAUGUUCAACGUGUACGCCAUGCACCGCGACGACAAAGUCUUUGGUGCCAACGUGGAAGCAUUCAGCCCGGAGCGAUGGGAGAAUCUUCGCCCUGGCUGGGCAUACCUGCCGUUCAGUGGAGGACCCAGGAUCUGCAUGGGACAGCACAUUGCACUCACUGUCAUGCAGUAUGUUUUGGUCCGGAUGGCGCAAAGCUUCUCGUCAAUCGACGGGGUGGGUGACGGUGACUGGGUGGAGCAGUACGCGCUGGCGACGACGUGCCGGGGAGGCGUUCACGUAAAUUUGCGCAAGGCGUAG